AUGGAUGAGUUAGAGGACCAUUGGUGGGAUUUUCAGAGGCAUUUGGAGCUCAAAAAGGAGUGUUUAGAGUGGUCAUUGGGCGAGCAAGGCAUGGGAGCGACCAGUCCGGAGCGACACCACCAAAGUGGUACCGUUGUCUUCGUGAACCACGGCGAGGAGAGAGACUACCGCGCGCUUGAGGUGAUCGGAGUGAGCGUUAGAGGUUGUUUGGUUUUAGCGAGAAAGGGAGAGACUUUGGGGAGAGGAGCGAUUGUGAAGAUAGCAGAGACUAAAGGUGCUCUCGGCGUCUUGAUAUACGACGAGAGCGACGGUGGUGGGCUCGGAGGGAUCGAGAGAGGCACGGUGAUGAGAGGUAUCGGAGACCCGGUUAGUCCGGGUUGGCCCGGAGUCGUCGGAGGAGAGAAGCUGAGAUUGGAAGAUGAUCGUGUCUCUCGGAGAUUCCCAAAGAUUCCGUCUUUGCCUCUGUCUCUCCACAAUGCAGAGAUCAUAUUGGCUUCUCUGGACGGCUCUAGAGCUCCAGGGGAAUGGCGAACGGGUCGGGUCAGGUCAAGUCAACGGGUUGGCCCGGGACGGGUUGUUGUCAACAUGACGUUACAGGGGGAGAUGAAGAUGAAGAAGAUUCACAAUGUUGUGGCUACAAUAAGAGGUAGUGAAGAACCGGACCGGUUUGUGAUUCUUGGGAACCAUAGAGACGCAUGGACUUAUGGAGCUGUUGAUCCAAACAGUGGAACGUCUGCUUUACUUGACAUUGGUCGACGAUUCUCUCUUUUGCUUGAAUCUGGCUGGAGACCUCGUAGGACCAUUCUCCUUUGUAGUUGGGAUGCUGAAGAGUUCGGAAUGAUUGGAUCAACAGAAUGGGUUGAAGAACAUGUUCUUAACUUAGGUGCAAGUGCUGUUGCUUAUCUUAAUGUUGAUUGUGCGGUCCAAGGCUCUGGAUUUUUUGCUGGUGCAACUCCUCAACUAGACAGUGUUCUUGUAGAUGCCUUGAAGCUGGUCCAAGAUCCUGAUGAUGUAACUUUGACAGUUGAAGAGACAUUCAAGUCUCAGAAUAACAAUAUAGAGAGGCUAAGUAGAGUGGAUUCUGAUUUUUCCGGUUUUCUUCAUCAUGCUGGGAUACCGUCUAUAGACAUGUACUAUGGAGCAGAUUAUCCUGUCUAUCACACCGCUUUUGACUCCUAUGAUUGGAUGAUACGCAAUGCUGAUCCAUUGUUUCAUCGUCAUGUUGCAAUGGCUGGAAUUUGGGGACUUUUGGGUAUCAUAUUGGCUGAUGAGCCAGUC